AUUUCCUCGGUCCUUUGAAUAUUUAAAUAAUUACGCACACUGACAAUAUGAAGUGUAAAGUUGCAACAAAUGUACUAAAUAAUAAAAAGGUGAACUAAAACACAAACUGACUGAUAAAUGCACAUUGAAAAUGGGUAAUGCAAUGAAUCAAUGUGGUUUGUUUACACUAAAAUAAGAAAAGACAGAACAUUUUUAAGGAUUUAUGAAUGUAAAAGCCCUUGGAUUCUAGCAGCACCAGCAUAAUUGUUAUUAUUGAAAUUAUUUAGUUAUUUGGAGUAAAGUAUACCAUACAGUUCUGUUUGUGUUAUACGUUGUGAGUUAAGUGGUCAUGGACAUUUUAUUAUGUGUCCUCAAAAAGUCAUAGAAAGGUUUUGAAAUGUUGUCCAUUAAAAUGUGUGGGAACCCGGUAAUUGUGAUUAUCUUUUAGGAUACCCGCUACAUAAAGAAUAAUGAAAAGAGCUUCUAGUGGAGUGGACAUAGUGUGGUUCGACUGCAGUAUAGUAGUACAAAAUAUCAGAAGCCCCCUUUAAAGUUUGAAUUCUUCUGAUUCUUUAAUGCACAUGUGAAUUGUUUCUAGUCUUCAACUUGCCUUUGCUCUUCAUGACUGACAUCUAGAGUUAGAAAUCGUAGCUUUCAUCUUGAUUCAAUAUGUUGGUCUGUUGAUGGACAGAAAAGGGUGAUCCUUAUAUUAUUUUUAUGUAAUUGUUGUGUGAUAGGAGUACAGUAUAUAGCUCAUAGAUAUUUGAUAUGUGAGUUUUAUGAAGGAGAUGACUUUAGAGAUAUUUCCUCAUAGCGUUUUACUUGUAGUGUCUUUGUAUCUAACUGUAAUAUGAAUACUUAAUAUGUACCUUUUUUUAAGGCAGUAACUUUAGUUUGUUUCACCAGAGUUGAGGUCCUCCCUUAGGUGUGAGUUCACGUCACAGCUAACUGGGUAGCUGGCAGUCCUCCUUUCCUUUCAGGGACUCUAUCAAUAAUUUACCUGGCCUUGCUAGAUUGAUGGCACCUUCUCCCUUUUCGCUUCCCCUCGCUCGCUUGCCCAUUCUUUCCAUGAAAUCUACUGCUGACAAGGGGGUAAAAGAGCUUAUUAACGGUUGUGAGAGAAAGGUAGAGAGGGCAUCAUUCUAUCAGACAGGUGUUAGCAGUCUUCGGAACAGCAGCAGGAACAGUGGGAAUGCAGUGAAAGUGACUUUAACUGCCUUAAAACGCUGAUACACAAAGGACAAGAAUUGCUGCGAAAACUUUGUCAGAAGUUUGAAUGGGAAUACAGACUCUCUACAGAAGGUUGUUCUGUCUAUGACGUUCAUUUUUUUUGAGACCUUUUCUUUGUUUGAAGUUCAUAUUGUCUUUGAAAUUGGACACUAUGUCCGGAGCCACCAGUGACCAGCUGCACAGAUCAACUUUAACUGUCUAUUCGAACCUGAUGGAGCACUUCAAUCCUGGCCUCCAGAAGCUUGUUGCUUUAGGAAACAGCUAUGUCAAUGCUUUCCAAGCCUUAGCUGUUUGCAGUGAGGCCUACUUUAGUGCUGUGGCUAAGAUGGGUGACCAGGCCCUUCACACGCUUUCCUCUCGCUCUCUUGGGGAUGUCCUGAUCCAGUUAUCGGAAACACAGAGGAGACUCACCGCAGAGAUGGAGGGAGUGUUUCGAUGGUUCCAGGUAGAGGUGUUGCAAGCCAUGGAGAAGAAUGUCAAGUUGGAUGAGGAGUACAUUGAUGGUAGUCGCAGAGUCUAUGAGCUGGAGGUGAGGAACCAGGCAGAGGCUUUGGAGAAACAGCUCAGACGAGGAGCCUACAGAGACUCUCUGGAGAACAGUGAGUACAUGCUAUACCUGAGGCAGAGCCAGCAGGAGAUCCAGAAGGAGGAGGAGAGGAGGUAUCGCUUCUUGGCAGAGAAACACUGUGGCCUCACUCAGUCACUGCUCUUUCUUAUAAACAAGACGGGUGCGUCUCUCCAGCAGAAGGCAGAUGGAUGGAAGGAGAAAGUGAACGACACCAGAGGGUCCAGACCUCGAACUCCCACUCAUUUGGAUCAAGAUGCACAGCUGCGAGGUUCAGUGAGCUCCCUGCUGCAGACAGUAGCCAGAGAUGAAGAUAUGUCCUGGGCCAGGAGGGAGCAGCAGGCACUGGGCAGAGUGCCCUCUAGAGCGCCGUCUCCUCUCCCCAGCCGCUCUCGCUCCAGCUCAGUGGGUGAAUCUCUGGGUCUUGGUGGAGGCAGAUCCAUGAGAGCCCUGGUUUCUCACCCCUCCUCAUCCAACCCAAAGCUUCUACCAUUCAACAGGGGAGAGACUGUCACCGUACUGGUUCAGGAGCCACGUAACGGCUGGCUGUAUGGACGCACUGACAGCAGCCUGCGUCAGGGCUGGUUCCCUGCUGCUUAUGUGGCCCCUGUCGAGGAUUUCUCCAACACUUUAGCAACAAGUGGUGGUUCUCUAAGAAGCCACAGUAUGAACAAUCUGCUUGACCCCACUGACACCUACACUGACCAACCAGAGAGCAAGAGCUACGGAGAUGUCCCGCCACCAGCCACACCCAACCGCAGAGCCUCUGUAGACGGCCGGCCAAUCUCUCCUCUCCCUGAGAAGAAACUGGAGUCAAGCCAAACAAAGAACUACAACGAACAGCCACCUCCACCUCCUCCCCCACCGCCACCACCUCCGCUGAGUCAGAAUCUUAGAAGGGGCUCUGCAGAUUUUCGACCAAUCUCUACCCUCCCUGACAGGAAGUGUGAUUCAGCAUCUGAUGUCCAGACAUUAUCACCCCACAGGCCACCUGAAAACCCACUGUUUCCCAGAGGCACAAACCCAUUCGCCACUGUAAAGCUUCGCCCCACGAAGACCAAUGACAGAUCUUCUCCUCAGAUCCACUGAUCCGUCAUCGCUCAUGCUGGCAGGGUUUGUAACCGAGGCUGCCAGAUCAGGUUGUGGAGGCAGAAUAUAUAUUUUUUGUUUCAGGACGAUGUAAUGACAUCUCUGAAAUGUGAAGGCUUUGAGCUACAGGAGCAGAGGGAGGUUUGGUACAGUGUUGAUGUUUUUCUUUUACCAAAAGAAAAGGUGAUACUGUAGUACAUCUAAGUAGUUUAAUAUCACAAACAUACACUUUUAAAGUUAGUUAAUAUUAAUUAAGUUAGUUGUUUUAUCAACUCUUUGUACAGAUUUUUAUAUAGAUGGUCUGUUUGCCUGUUAUAGUAAAAAUAUAAGUAAUUAGACAUUUUUUGAAAUAUGCUGACUCACUUUCUACCUACCAUUACCAUUCUUAUAUCUGUUCGCUAAAUAUGAAGCUACAGCCAGCAGCUGGUUAGCUUAACAUAAAGUCAGGGAAACAACUUGCUGCCUAACAGCUUGCUGACUAACAGAGCUGUUUUUCCCUGUUUCCAGGGCUUUAUGCUAAGCUACGCCACCUGGCUGCUGGCUCCAGCAACAUAAUUAGCGUACCGACAUGAGAGUGAUGAUCUUCUCAUCUGAAUCUAUCAAACAAAGCGAAUAACGGUAUUUUCCAAAAUCUCAGAGUAUUCCUUUAAGCUGAUAACAGCUAAAGGAUUUGUAUUUUUUCACUUAAGCUGUCAUGUGUCUUGCUCUUAUGCUAUGCUCAUUUUUUAAAGCUAUAGUGCGUAGUUUCUGUCUCCCCCAUGAGAAAUUCUAAGUAAUGACAACAACACUGUCGGCACGUCCACAUGAUACAAGCCUUCCGUGAUCGCGCACGCGCCCCCCACCCCUCU